CUCCUAGCACUCAGUUCUUCCCGUGCCGUCCUAUGAUUUUCUUCUUCACAACAUAACCUCUUUUUCAAAAACUCAAACAUGGUGUAUAUUUUGUAACAUAGUUGGUUAAAAUUGUUAUUUAGUGACCUCGGAAGUGUCUAGUGCUCCAAAAUGCCGCCGAAUUCGGAAAGGAACAACCCAUCGGCCACUAUGAUCAUUGAUGAGAUGAGCCCAGUACUGACCAUGGGAGGGGCUCCAAAACUAACCAAGAGACAAUGGAUGACGAUGGUAGCCAUCGGAAGUGUUCACUUCUCCAGUGCCAUCUGUAUAUCAUUGCAGGCUCCCUUCUACCCGCAGGAGGCUGAAUUGAAAGGGGCUACCGCUACAGAAUAUGGACUAGUUUUUGGCAGUUUUGAGCUAAUAGCAUUUCUCAGCAGCCCUAUUCUAGGAAAAUAUCUUGACUCUUGGGGUGCUAAAACAACUCUUCACUUAGGGAUGAUCUUGGCAGCUUUAUCAGCUAUUUUAUUUGGGAUGCUAGACUAUGUGAUGGCACACAAUUGGUUCAUCUCCUUAUCGUUCCUGCUAAGGAUAACAGAAGCUCUAGGAUCUACAGCGGCGCUCGUGGCUGCCUUCUCGAUAACUGCCGCUGUGUUUCCCAAAUCUAUUGGGACUACUUUUGCAACUCUGGAAGUUUUCUACGGUGUUGGAUAUAUUGUUGGUCCUACCAUCGGUGGAUUCUUAUUUUCCCUUGGAGGUUUCAAACUGCCGUUUAUCGUGAACGGCCUCGCGAUGUUGGUGAUCGCACUCGUCAUAGUUUACGUUCUUCCUCCGAUCUACCAAGAAGUCAAGGAUGAACAAGGAGAUGGCAUCACAGAUUUCCUGAAGGUGCCAGCUAUUCUACUCAACUCUGCUGCUGUUGUUGCCACUGCCAUCAGUAUGGGAUUUUAUUCUGCUACACUUGAACCUCAUUUAAGAUUGUUCAACCUGUCCCCCAUUGCCAUGGGAUUGAUGUUCGUGAUCAGUGGGGGAACGUAUGCCUGCGUCGCACCGAUCGUCGGCCGUAUCUGUGAUCGUUGGGCGUAUCCCAAGAGAGUUAUAUCUGUUGGUUGUGUCCUGGUCGUUAUCAGCUUCACGAUUGUUGGGCCGGCGCCUUUCGUACCACUACCUACGACUCUGCCCCUCUGCAUCAUAGGCCUGGUGAUACACGGAGUAGGACUGGCGUCUCUGAUGGUACCGACCUUCAUGGACUCAAUAUGCUCUGCAGUCGCAGCAGGAUUCAACGAUGACAUCGGCACGUAUGGCAUACUCUCAGGGCUGUGGUCUGCCUCGUUCUCCCUUGGUGCUUUCAUUGGUCCCUCAGUGGCUGGGGUGCUUUAUGACAAAGUAGGCUUCAGAAACGGAACUUUGUUUGUCAUAAUCAUCCACUCAGCAUUGUUUGUGGUAUGCACAUGCUUCAUCACGUUUGAGAAGAAAAGAAGUUUACCUCCGAACAGAGUCCGUCUGCUCAGCGAGAGAUAUGAGACUGAAGACGACACCUCGGACUUCGAACACGUCCAAACACUUAACAAGGGUAACAUUCCGACCAAUGCAUUGUUGGGAUGGGACCUCGCUAGGAGUAAAUCCAAUAGUUCAUCGGGUGGGAUCCCUUCAGUGCACAAUGGAUACGGAAGUUUUACUCAUCCUUAUUGACAGUUGUAUCUUUCUAUGAAAGCAUUAACACUAUGUCUGUAAGACCAAGUUUAAAAAUAGGUUUAUGAUAACCUGUGUGGCAUAAAAACUUGCUGCGUUUACAAAAGGGAAAAAUGAACAUGAAAAUCCAUCUAAGAUUGUUUUAUUGGUUAAAAUAUUUUUUAAAUUUGCUUAACAAGAAAAAUGGUAAACAUCUAAACAGCUGAUGUUUAAAGCCUGGUUAACCUUAAAAUUGUCGCCAGCUGAUCCUUUUAAUGAUGAUAAAAGGUGUAUGUUUAAUAUUCCUUGUACGCACUGUCACAGAGAAUUAAGGUACAGAGGAAACACGCUUAUGGGACCAAUGUGCGCCUUUUAGCUCUAUUUUACUGUGCUUGGAAUAUUCUUAUGAUGCACAAGGAAGAGCCUGAGCGGCGAGCACUGUGCGGAAAUUCCUCUUUCAUAGGGCAUAGGAGGGUCUUCCUCCAACGUGAGAGUCAUAGUACAUGAGGACGAGGGGGGCAGUGUUGGACUUUGCCGUAGACACCACUUACAGUGUACCAUUGAAUGUUUCCUCUGUGCCUUACUUCUCUGUGGUACUGCACACGUAAUACAGUGUUUUUAAAACAUGGUUAUGUAAACUUCUCAUAAUUCAAAGAAGGCAUAAUCCCGAAGUGUUUGAGAGAGUCUUCUGUUUAUGAAUUACAAUGUGAAAGGUGCUAAAUCUUGUAAAUAUUUUUUCUCAACUAACAUAUCUUUACUGAUGUUAUUUUGGAUGUUAAUGCUAAGAUCUGUAUAGUUUUCAUUGUUUCAUCUGAAGGGAAGAUUCAGAAGGUGUUAAAAAUAUGUGAUAUUUGUAUAUAAAUGACUUUCAGCUUACGUAGUUUUUUAUCUGUUUAUUACUUUAUAGUUUAUGUGAGAGUAAUCAUAAUAUUUAUAGGCUUGUUUAGAGUUAACACAAUUUUGCAUUUAUUUUUAAUGUUUUGUAAUUUCUCUAUGGUCUGGUCAGGAAGUAAGUUUUGAUUCAAAAUGAAGAAACAAUUAUACAUUUUACAGAUGGUUUUAAACUGCAAUAUCACUAAUAUAUGAGGACAUAAUUAAUCUUAUUGAAUAUUAAAUUUAUCGGAUAAUGAAGUAGACAUUCCAUCUUUACCAGCUUUUGACAGUCUUUUAUUCUAGAGAACACAUUGGAAUAAGACUCAAGCUUGGUUUCGAUUUAAGUUUAUGAUCUGAUCUCAGGCUGUUAUGAGUCUGUUAUAACUUAAUGUUUGUACUCAAAUGAAUGAGAAAUUUCUAGCUAAUAGAAACGUUAAAUAUUGUUUGAAUAAUUGUCGUUGAGUAUAGCCAUAGCUCAGGAAUAAUAUGGAAAUAUAAAAAGUACAGUUUUUGGAAUUUUCUCCAGGCGCUUUAAUCGUUUAACAACGCAUGAAUGUACAAAAUUAUCGGUCUUUUAAGCUGUAUGAAAUGGUUAAGGAAGGAAUUACAAAAUAUCAUGUUUUGAGAUUAAAAAUGGGAAAAACAAUAUUUUUUUCAGGAAAUGAAAAUGCCUACAGAACUUGUUCUCCUAGUCUGCAACUGAUUUGACUAAUUUAAUAAGUUAAAUUGGGAACCCGAGUUAUCAUGCUAACAGACACACACACAAACACAUAUAAAUUUGAAAAGAUGGUGUUUUUCGCUUCUGGGGACCUCAAAAGGAAAAAAAAUAAACCGGUCGAUGGUCUAGGUCUUACCAUGAGACCUAUGGUAAUAGCUUAAGCGGAAAUUCGCUAACAGUAUUUUACAGUAGCAAAUUUUGUCAGGUGUUCGAUUGAAUAAACUUUUUUUUCUAUUCUUCAACUGUCCAAAUAUUUAUGAUGGGAUGUCUACCUCACAGUAUCAACAAUCAAAGCUUCUAUUUUAUGGUGAAACCAUAACCACCUUCUAAACUGGAGGAUACAAUUGACACUUCAGUGCAAUUACUGAGAGGUUGAUUUUGAAAGCCGAAGCUGCAUGUGACAUAUUGAUUUGUAUAUGUUUGUCUAUCACCAAAGAAACUCAGCCAGGAGAUCUGUUUUGUACCUGUUUUCAACCAUUGACAACAGACUUUUGCUGAGUUGCAUUACCUACCACUUCCGUGGUUAAUUCUUCACUUGGAUGGAAGUUACAAAACAUCGGCAGAACUUACUUUCUGAUCAGUUUUAAUAUUCAGGUUAAGUUAUUGUAAAUACAAAAUCGGUAGCACUAGCUUUUGUAAUUUUGAAUUUAUUACUAGCAUCUUUGAUCAAAAUAACCUAAGAUUUUCAAGUACAUUAGACGGAUAGUUUGACUGCUGUAGGAAUCCUAGAUAUUAGUUUCACUAGAUUCCUGACCAAAGUGUCAGGCAUGUUAAGCUAGUCAUAGGAUCAGAAACUCGUUUCAUUCCAGUAUUACUUUAAGGAGAUUUGUUUUAAGAAGCCAUGUUGGUAAUGAAUCAUAUGUUUUCUAUAUAAGAGUGUUUUGUAAUAAAAAACUUGUUUUGAAAUAA